AUGGCUCUAUCAAAGGUAGAGCAUUGCCUGUCGUAUCAUACGCGCUUAUUGUUACCCCAUGUUCUAUCCCUCAAAUCGUCACACCGUAUUGCAUACAUCUUCUCACUAUUAUCUGCAGUCUCGGCCGGCUUYAUCACUUUGAUAUCGCUUUAUUCUCAGCCAUGGCAAAACCAUUUGAAUUACUCUUCGUGGCAAAUCAAUACCAUCGCCAGUAUGACUAACUUGGGGAUGUACCUGACACCGCCGAUCCUCGGGAUGAUUGCCGAUUCUCACGGCCCCAUCACUUUGAGUCUGCUUUCCAUCAUCGGGUUUAUACCCAGCUAUUCGUACCUGGCUUAUGUCUUUAAUCAUCCGGAAUUAUCCCUUGAGGGGAAUAGUGACUCAUCGUUCAAUCUGUCAAUAUUGUGUUUCGCCGUCAUAGGUAUAUCGACAAGUGCCUUGUACUUCAGCGCACUGUUGACGUGCACGAAGCUGUACCCUCACACGAAGCUAUUAUCCAUUAGUCUGCCCACCACGUGCUACGGGAUAUCUUCAGUAGUGGGGUCUCAGUUAUUAAGGGUCCCGUGGUUCUGGUCCUAUAGAGCACAAUCUUCUUCAUCGUCCGCUAACGACCUGAACCUGGGGAGGGUAUUCCAAACGUUUGCAUGGGUUUACGUUAUUAUCGGGUUACUUGCAUGGAUAGCCACCAGUGUGGUGUCGCUAUUGCAUUUCAACGAAGAACAGGAUAACCAGAAACGGCUGGAUGACCAGACUGAUGCCGAGCAGUUGCCGUUAUUGGAACAAGACAGCCACACCCAAGACAAGUUCGCGCAAACAGUACUAAGAAUUUUCAGCGACCCUGUGACGUACAUUCUGGCGCUGUCGAUUCUACUAUCCUUGGGGCCAUUGGAGAUGUUCAUUGCCAACAUGGGAUCUCUAACCAACCUGCUGGUCCAAGUCGAUGCGCCCGCCUUGUCCACGAAGUUACUGUCCACUUAUGCGCUCUCCUCCACUUUUGCAAGACUACUCACGGGCAUAGUGGCAGAUUUCCUCGCCAAGAAAAGAAUAUCCAUCAAAUGGAUCCUGCUAACGCUGCUGUCCCUCGGGCUCUGCGCGCAGUUGACCUUGUUCAAACUGGUCUCCUCGAAGACGGUGUCGUCCUGGGGGUUAGUGCCCACAGGAUCGCUGGUCGGAAUCAUCUACGGUGGGCUGUUCACCGUCUAUCCGACAUUGGUGUUGUUAGUAUGGGGCGAGCGCUCGUUCGGGACCGUCUACGGCAGCCUGCUCAUUGCACCCGCGGUGGGCUCUACGAUAUUCUGCAUGCUGUAUGCGAAAGUGUACGAUUCCGGCUGUACAGACAACGCCGGAGACCUGCGGGGGUCGGCAUGCAUCUCGGUUGUCUACAAGUAUAGCAGCAUUGCAUUCGUUGCAUCCAUCGUCCUUUCGUCAGUGGUAUUCUGGAAGUUGAAACGUAAAAAUCUAAGGGUAUGA